AUGCGGGGCAUUUGCCUUGUUGCAUUGAUCGGCUUGCCCGGAGCGGGCAAGUCCUCACUGUGCACCUGGCUUUUAGGCCAGCAGGCUGCCCUCCGCGUCCGCCACAUCGUUCACCUGUGCUACGACGACUUCCUCGAUGCUGGACCCUCGGCCGAGCUGGCGUACAAGGAGCAGCGUAGGCGCAUCUUUGGUACAAUAGAACAACUCAUAACCGCUAUUCAAGAAGACAUCGAUUGGCCGGCCCAAACCCGGCGACGUACUGCCUCCAACAGCGACCCAAGCAGCAGCGGCCAUCUCAUCCUGUGCGACGAUAACUUCUACUACCGCAGCAUGCGCCACAAACUUCACCAGCUGUGCCGCACUUCUGGCUGCGUCUUCGGGCAGAUACACAUCGCCAGGUCGCUUGACCUCUGCCUGCGGGACAACUCCAAGCGGAGUGGAGCCAACUGCGUGCCCGUGGACAUAGUCCGGCAGAUGAGUGACCGACUGGAGCCUCCGGGCUCGGAAGCCUGGGAGCGCAACAGUCUCACACUUCACAUCUUGGAUAUGGAUGAAAGAGAACGUUUGCUGCUCGGGUUCAUUAGUUCCCUGCUCGAAAUGCCCGCAGUACCACCGGCAACAGAAAGCCAGCAAGCGCAGGAUCAGUCACUGACCCACAGGCUGGAUCUGUUACUCCGGGCGCGCAUCGGGGCACUGCUGCAGGAGAUAGCGCAGGAGGUAGACCGGCGGCUGGCUGGCCAAGCACUGAACAACAAGCGGAAGCAGAUACUGACACGGUUUCGGACGGAGGGCGGGGGCGAAGAGGCAAAGGGCGACGCUGAGGACGAGGCCUUGAAUUACUAUGUACAUUUGUUAAACUAGACUAAGUUAAGCUAAAUUCGUUUGUAUGCCACGCACACACUUAGCGACUUGAAUACAUAAAUCUGUUACCGAA